AUGGCGGCGCAUAUUUCUCGCGCAUUCCUCCUCUCGACCGGUUCAAGCUCAGCACCUUUUCUUUAUCAGACCCGCACCCUUGCGCCGUUAUCACGAUCGCUAUGUCAUCCGUUCACUCGGCUUCAACGUCAAUACUCGGCGAACAAUGUUCCCGGGAACGAUGAUGGAGACAAACCUGGCUCAGCAAAUGAACACGAUGCCAGCUCGGAAAUUCCCUCUAAGGCGACAUCAAGCCUGACGCCAAACAAUCGUCCUGCACCUCGGCGAAGUUUUCUGCGCCGGCGUGCCGAAUCGGCCACCCCGAAUCCCGAACCCAAAAAGCCAGCAACCCCGUCGCGCCCUCUCCAAACGAUUACUCACGCGGAAAAAAUGAUAUUUGCGGAUUUGAUCGGACAACUCAAGCAUGAAAAGCCAGCGCCGACCCCUGCGAAACAGAAACAGUCGCAGGCAUCUUCCCGCCGACCCAAGCCGAACAAUGUCAAUGAUUUGAUUGCGAUGUUUGAUUCUCUGUUGGACAAAAAGGAAAAAGAGAAGGAGAAGAAAAAGAAGCCCGAGAAAUCUGGAGCUACCACCCGCGGAGAUGCUCGGAAAGAGUUCUCUGGUAUAUCGGGAGGUUCGGAGAAGAUUCUCCUCAGUGACCUCGGCUUCUUAGAGCUAGGCUCUGGAUCUGGCGAGAAUUUUGAGAUCACUCUGAGCGAUGCUGUUGAUAUGGUCGUGCAACGCGAGUCGGCGAGGAUUGAACAUGAACUUUUCGGGGCAAUUGAAGAGGGUAGAGGUGAUAUGGGAUUAUGGGAGGAGUGCCAGGAGCACAUUUUCGGCAUGCUGCAACAUCUGGAGGAGCCGACCUUAGCAGACGUGGAUGCUGGAAGUGCGAACAAUUCCACGCCUUCCACGACGGGCGGAUCAGAGGACUUGAAGCCCUCUUCUGGUCCUCUCAACAUUCCCGCUCUAGUACCCGUCACUCCGGUGCUUGCAAAGCUAUACCCAAACACCCUACUCGUCGCUUUCCGUCUCCUGAAUACCCAUUUCCCGGAAUCACAGCUCAUCGGUCAAUUCCGCUCCUUAAUCAAAUUCCAGGGCCGCACAUCCUCCGUCCUCGGAACAUCUGCUGCGCUCUGCGAUGAGAUGAUCUACUUCUACUGGCAUGGCUGCAACGAUCUCCCAGCCGUGAUAUCAUUCCUGCAUGACAUGGAUCUCCACGGCAUCGCUCCUAGCUCUAAAUCCCGCAGACUUCUAAAGGAUAUUGUCCGCCAGCGCUUCCGUGACUUGGACCCGGUACGCAAUUCUAAUACUGGCAUGGACUCUUUCUGGAACCUGCCGCCGAACCAAAAGGCUUUCCGGGCCCUUGCUGGGCCUGGUGGCUGGUUGGAUAGGCUGGAUGAGCAAGCUCGGCACAGGAGUCCAGUUCCGUUUACGCGUGUGUGA